CUCUCUCACACACAAACACACGCAUUUCUUCUGUGUAAUUGCUAUACAUACGUAAUCGUUUAUUCAUUUUUAUAUUAUUUCCCGUACUCUCUCUAUCUCUGUCAUAUAUAUAAUAUAUAUAAAUAUAUAUACACAUUUGACAAAGAUCAUAGAAAGAAAUUUCAAAGGAUUCUCGAUCAAAAGUCACCGCUCUCUUGAGUUUUGCGCGUGUCCCAUUCUCUUCUCCAUUAUGAAACCCUAAACUGUUACAUAAGAAAAAACAUAUCUUUAAUGGAAGAUGUUAAGCUAUGGAACGACAAACGUGAAAGAGAUAUGUAUGAAAACUUCGCUGAUUUAUUCUCAAUAAUGAAAGCUACGGAGAAACUUGAAAAAGCCUACGUUCGUGAUGUAAUCUCUUCAUCAGAGUAUGAAAUUGAAUGUCAAAAACUAAUUGCACAAUUCAAAACCCUAGGUUCAACAUUGAAGAACAUUAUACCUAGUAUUGAAAGGUUUCAUGAUACUUAUAAGAUGGAUUGUCCUGCUGCUUUAAACCGGUUAUUGAUUUCUGGUAUACCGGCUACUGUUGAACAUAGGGUUGUUGUUGCUGCUAUGUCUGGAUUAACUUCUGCAUCUGUUGUGGCUGAAUGUGUUCAGAAUUUUAUUACUGCUAUGGAUUCAUUGAAAUUGAAUAUGAUUGCUGUUGAUCAAGUUCAUCCUUUGUUGAUUGAUCUUUUGGGUUCACUUAAUAAACUUAACAUUUUGGGUUCUGAUUUUGAGGGGAAAGUGAAGAUGAUUGAAUGGAUUGGGAGACUUUCGAAGAUGGGUGCUUCUGAUGAACUUACAGAGCAACAAGCUAGACAGCUUCAUUUUGAUCUUGAAUCUUCAUAUAACUCUUUCAUGGCUGCAUUACCUUCUGAUGGAACUUAAAUUACCACACAAUUAUUGGGUAUAUAUAUAUAUGUAUGUUUGCUUGAUUAUUAUAUUAGUUCAUAUGUUUGAAUUCUGAUUUUCAAAAAAACCCUGUUGUUUGGUUGGUAUUAUUAUAUGAUCAAUGAUUUUAAGUUAUAGU